AUGUUGAAAAAGUCUUAUCAGCAAACUAGUAGAUCCACCUCAUUAUUUGAAAUACGAUUGAAACAUCUUGACCAUGAUGUUUUGGUUCUCAAAGGAAAUGCACAUGAAGCAGGCUCUGUAUUGUUAUCGGGAAAUAUAGUCUUAUCAGUUAAUGAGCCGAUAUCGGUUAAGAAAUUGACACUUCGACUUUACGCCACAUUAAGACUUCGAGCUGAUGCAAGUACGCCAGCAGAUCUGGGAACCAACAGGAAGAUUGUUAACUUUGCUAAACAAGUUUAUGAGCAUGUUUGGGACGCUAGUGAGUUUAGUGCAUACUUUGAUCAUGUUUAUGAGAAUAGCAGCAGCAGUAACGGCAACGGCAACGGCAACGGAAAUGGAAAUGGAAAUUUUAGAACGACACCUCCCCUAUUACUGAAGAACCAUUCAACUUCAUCCUUAAAGAACUUACGUUCUAAAAGUGUAUUGAGUUUAAGCAAUUUGACCUCUUCCAGCUCGUCAACAAAUCUCAAAGGGCAAACAAUAGGCGCAUCGACACAUGUCUUGGCACAAGGCAAUUAUGAAAUCCCGUUUAGUGCAAUAUUACCUGGCAGUAUGCCUGAAUCGGUUGAAGGUCUUCCAGGGUGCUCAUGUAUAUACAAACUAGAAGCAAUAAUCGAUAGAGGAAAAUUCCACAGUUCAAUGAUUACAAAAAAACAUUUGAGAGUUGUGCGUACCUUAACUACUGAUGCUGUUGAACUAUCAGAAACAAUUGCCGUUGACAAUACUUGGCCAAAAAAAGUGGAAUAUUCCUUAAGUUGUCCUACAAGAGCUUUGGCGAUAGGAAGUGGCACCCCAAUCAGCAUAAUGCUUGUUCCGUUGCUAAAGGGAUUGACACUUGGUGAUAUCAAGAUACAAUUAGUUGAGUUUUAUUCAUACGUGGGUAGUAUCCCACCUACACAUAAUGGUGAAAGAAUAAUUGCUACCAAAAAGAUCAAGAAGAAGGAUCCAAGCGAACUUGAUUUUGAUAAAUGGGAAAUGGAAGUUUUUUUGAGAAUACCAGCCAGUUUAUCGAAAUGCUGUCAGGAUAUCGAUUCGAAACAUGUUCAAGUAAGGCACAAGUUAAAAUUCAAUAUUGGGUUGAUUAAUCCUGAUGGUCAUGUUUCCGAAUUGAGAGCUUCUUUACCUAUACAAUUGUUCAUUUCCCCAUUUGUUACAGUCACCUCGAAACAGGACAGCGAAUCUUUGGAAAAUGAAAGCAACGAUGAUGCAGAAGAUUUAUUGUUCACAAGUGAUUCCUUUGAACAAUUGAAUGCUUUGGAGCAACAAAUAGAUAAUAACAGAGGAAGCAACAACAGUUCAUACACUUCUUUGACUGGGUUGAUUGCUCCACCGUUAUAUGAAAGACACAUAUACGACCGGUUGUGGAAUGAUGUAUCCUUUAUUGAGACACCUAUGUCUUCAGGUGCAACUACGCCGAGAAACAGGCAAAGCGGAAUCGGUGAUUAUGGACAGAUAUCAAUGCAACCUUUGGACUCCUUGGUAUUGAGUGAAAACUUGAGGCAAUUGAGUCUACAAAGACAGGGACAAGAGGUUGAGCCUCGCAAUCCUCAGGGCCAUGUUAAAUUUGAUCUUGAUGAUGAAGAUGCUCAAUCUGAGCAACUCAACAGCAACAACAACAACAACAACAAUAAUAAUAAUAAUAAUAAUAAUAAUAAUAAUAGCAAUUACAGUGAUUAUUUUGCAAGAUCUCCCGGAUUACAAAGAAAUCACAGUUUUUUACAUAACCACCUUGCAGUAACACCACCAGUUCACCUAUCUAGAGCUAAUUCAGAUGCCAACAUAUUGAGUAGUGAUGAAAUGUCAAGAGUUCCUUCCUAUAGUCAAGCUAUAAAAAGUGAAGUAAGAGAUGAUCUAUCUCCUGCAUAUGAACCGCCAUCUUCCGACUCAGGCAUCAGUUUAAACGAAGUAGAUCGAAGUUUGACCAACCAAACACAGCUGCAACCACGUCGUACUAACUUACGUGGACUUACUCCAUUGAUGUUGUCAUCUACCUCAUUAUCGAGAUCAUCCUCACAGGGGUCAUCCCCCGGAAAUUCACGAAACGUAUCGUCAUCCAAUUUGGCGGCUUUAUUGUCAUCAUCUCGAAAAUCUCCAAAUGCGUUAAAUGCCGGUUAUCAUACUCCUACUAUAAGUAGAGUCAAUCCCAGUAUGAGUCUAACACCGACAAGCGGUGCCGGAGCUAGCACGCACCCUUCGGAUCUGUUAUCGACAAGUCCCAUACAUCUACCGGUACCAGGACAUGAUCAAAGUGUUGCACGAUUGUCAAGUAGUGCAACUGAUCGAUCAGCUAAUAUACCUUCUCGUACAAGCUCAAGUUUGAGUUUGCAUAACUUGUCAUUUACAGGAAAAAAGAAAGAUAAGAAAUAG